UGGGCCCCUGACGUAAGUGACGCCACCGCCUCCGUUUCCAUCUCGCCGUCGUCCCGGCUCCCUUCGCAAGAAGCUCCCGAAGCCAUCUAAAGCGAGCGCGAGCUCUAGAGAGAGGGAGAGGGAGGAGAGAGAGAGAGAGAGAGGCGCCUAGUUCCUGCUCGAUCUCGCAUCCGCUGCCGCAGACGCCACGAUGUUUCUCACGAGGACGGAGUACGACCGCGGGGUGAACACUUUCUCGCCGGAGGGGCGGCUGUUCCAGGUCGAGUACGCCAUCGAGGCCAUCAAGUUGGGGUCGACUGCAAUCGGGUUGAAGACAAAGUAUGGUGUUGUCCUCGCUGUUGAGAAACGUGUGACCUCGCCACUGCUGGAACCGAGCAGUGUGGAGAAAAUCAUGGAAAUUGAUGAGCACAUAGGAUGUGCCAUGAGUGGACUUAUUGCUGAUGCUAGAACGCUAGUUGAACAUGCUCGUGUUGAGACUCAGAACCAUCGGUUCUCAUAUGGGGAGCCAAUGACAGUAGAAUCUGCCACACAAGCUAUCUGUGACUUGGCUCUGCGCUUUGGCGAAGGUGAUGAAGAGUCAAUGUCACGGCCAUUUGGAGUGUCUCUCCUUAUUGCUGGUCAUGAUGAGAAUGGACCUAGCUUGUACUACACUGACCCAUCUGGGACCUUUUGGCAAUGCAACGCAAAGGCAAUUGGAUCAGGCUCUGAAGGAGCUGAUAGCUCCUUACAGGAGCAGUACAACAAGGAACUGACCCUCCAGGAGGCGGAGACCAUAGCCCUUUCUAUCCUGAAGCAGGUUAUGGAAGAAAAGGUAACCCCAAACAACGUUGAUAUCGCAAAGGUUGACCCCAACUACCACCUCUACACCCCUGCCGAGGUUGAAGCUGUCAUCGCAAGGCUGUGAAACACUUCCAAUCUCUUGUAGUUCCCAUCAGCGGUGAAAGACGGUCGUUGUAGAAGUAUGAACAUGUUGAUGUGGGCGCAUCUGCCUAGUGUGUUGUCUCAAUCAUACUAUGUUAACUCAACAAGGACAGUCGCUGGUAGGGGCUCCUUGCCUUUGAUUGUUUGAUUCACAGCCCAAUCAGUUGUUUGUUUUCAGUAGUGUUGAGAACCUGUACUACCAGGAAAGAAAUUAAACUUGCUUUUCACGGAUUUGGUCGCUGUUUUUGGAUAAUUGAUGACAAUUAGCUGA